AUGAGCACCGAAACCUCGGACGGUGCGAAGCCUGGAGCCGCUCCGGCUGCCGCUAGCAUUGACGCCGACAACAACAAAAACGAUGAGAUCGCGUCCGUUCCGCCUGCAUCGACUGCCACCGAAUCCGAACCCGAUGCUGCCAAAUCCACCGUUCCCGCCGCAACUACAGACGAAACCACCAAGCUCCAACCUGUCGCGGCCCAAGUCACCGACUAUCCCGCUGAUAUUGAGGGGGAUGCGAGAUCGGUGUCACCUCCGGCCCCCGCCCACGACUAUCCCGCUGAUAUUAAGAGAUCCGUGUCGACAACUGCGACUCAGCUUUCUCCCCUCGCCCAGUUGUGGAAGGCCGCCGAGGGCCAUCCCCAUUUUGAGAUUUGGGGCGUCCCCCUCUCCGACCCCGAGAGACACAUCCCGACCCAGAUCAUUUUCCAGAAAUUCCUGAAUGCCAACGAUGGGCAAGUCGAAAAGGCCAAGGAUCAGCUGCUCAAGACGCUCGACUGGCGCCAAAAGACACAGCCUCAGCAGCUGGUCAGGAAGAUGUUUUCCAAGGCUAAGUUUGAUGGCCUGGGCUACGUCACCACCUACACAGCCGGCGACGAGCCUGCUGUCGACGAGCCGGAGCAAAAGGAGGUUUUCACUUGGAACCUCUAUGGCAGUGUCAAGUCUCUCGACGAGACCUUUGGCAACCUUCAAGAGUUUGUGGAGUGGCGUGUUGCCCUCAUGGAGCUUGGUCUCGUGGAAGUCAACAUUGGGGGUGCCAUCAAGCCCAUCACGGCCGACUACGACCCUUACAAGAUGACCCAGGUCCAUGAUUACAAGGGCAUCAGCUUCCUGCGCCAAACCGACGUGGCCAAGGCGGCCAGCAAAGAGACUAUCACGGUGUUGGGCGACAACUACCCCGAGCUGCUCAAGGAAAAGUUCUUCGUCAACAUCCCCGCCAUCAUGGGCUUCUUCUAUGGCGUCAUGAAGAUGUUUGUCUCCAAAAAGACGUUGAAGAAGUUCCAUCCCUUGUCCAGCGGCACAAAUCUUGCAAAGGAGUUUGUCAACACCAAGGUCGACGGGUUGGGCGACAAGCUCCCCGCUGAGUACGGUGGCAAAGGCGCCGACUUGAAGACACUGGGCAAGACACCUAUUGUCCAGUAG